CUGCCUCUUGCCCGCUGCCCCCGCCCCGCCCGAACAACCACGACCCCCUCAUGGACACGCCUUCUGUCAAAGCCCCGCCCCCGAGGAAUCCGCGCGGAAGGCCAGGCCUGGGCGGGACGCAGAGCAGGGGGCGCUGGGGAGGCUGCGCCGUAGCACCCGGUUGGUCAGGCCAAAGUGGGCCCAAAGCGGACGUGAGCAGGGUCGGACCAAAAUGGCGGUGCAGGUGGUGCAGGCGGUGCAAGCGGUUCAUCUCGAGUCUGAUGCUUUCCUAGUUUGUCUCAACCACGCUCUGAGCACAGAGAAGGAGGAAGUGAUGGGGCUGUGUAUAGGAGAGUUGAAUGAUGAUACAAGGAGUGACUCCAAAUUUGGAUAUACUGGAACAGAAAUACGCACAAUUUCUGAAAAGGGUGAAACUGUCAGAAUUGUUCACAUUCAUUCUGUCAUCAUCUUGCGACGUUCUGAUAAGAGGAAGGACCGAGUAGAAAUUUCUCCAGAGCAGCUGUCUGCAGCCUCAACAGAGGCAGAGAGGUUGGCUGAACUAACAGGUCGCCCCAUGAGAGUUGUGGGCUGGUAUCAUUCCCAUCCUCAUAUAACUGUUUGGCCUUCACAUGUUGAUGUUCGCACACAAGCCAUGUACCAGAUGAUGGAUCAAGGCUUUGUAGGACUUAUUUUUUCCUGUUUCAUAGAAGAUAAAAACACAAAGACGGGCCGAGUACUCUACACUUGCUUCCAAUCCAUACAAGCCCAAAAGAGCUCAGAGUAUGAGAGAAUUGAAAUCCCAAUCCAUAUUGUACCUCAUGUCACCAUCGGGAAAGUGUGCCUUGAAUCAGCAGUGGAGCUGCCCAAGAUCCUGUGCCAGGAGGAGCAGGAUGCAUACAGGAGGAUCCAUAGCCUUACACAUCUGGACUCAGUAACCAAGAUCCAUAAUGGCUCAGUGUUUACCAAAAAUCUAUGCAGUCAGAUGUCAGCAGUCAGCGGGCCUCUUCUACAGUGGUUGGAGGACAGAUUGGAGCAGAACCAACAACAUUUGCAGGAGCUACAGCAAGAAAAGGAGGAACUUAUGCAAGAACUUUCUUCUCUAGAAUAAAGCAGGAGACAGAAUGGGGGGGAAGAUGAAAAUAUCCAGCGUAAAAUUAAUUAAGCUAAAUCAAUUUUGAAGAAGAAGAAGUUGGAUGACUCACAUUAUCCAGUAUCAAGACUUACUACAAGGCUAUAGUAAUCAAGAUGAUAUUAGCAAGUGAAUGACACAUAGAUCAGUGGAACAGAAGAGAGAAUCCCGGAAAUAAAUUCACAUGAAUAUGUCCAACUAAUUUCAACAAAGUAAUAAAGCAAGUCAAUGGAGGAACAAUUGAAUAUCUAUAGGCUUAAAUAAAUAAAUAAAUAAAUAAAGUGGACCUUAACUUAAACCUAUCAUCUUAUAUAAAAUGUAACUCAAAAUAUAUCGUGGAUUUAAAUGUAAUAUGUAAAACUAUAAAACAGGAAAAAUUUGAUAUUUUGGGCUUUAUCAAAAUUACGACCUUCUGUUUUGUAAAAAAAUGAAGAAGAUGAAAAAACAAGCUACAAAUUGAGAUAAAUUUUUUUCUAACCAUGUAUCUGAUCAAUCUGAAAUAUAUAAAGUGUGCUCAAAACUCCUAGACAUUUAUUCCACAGAAAUGAAAACUAUGUUGGCACAAAAUCCUGUACACAUAUUCAUAGCAGCUACAUUUGUGAUAGCCCAAAAUUGGAAACAACCCAGAGGUCCUGAAAUGAAAAGAAAGUAUUGAUACAACUUGGAUGUAUCUCAGGAGUAUCAUGGUGAAUGAAGAAAGCCAAUCUCAAAAUGUUACAUACUUUCUGAUUGCAUUUAUAUAACAUUCUUGAAAUGACAUAAUCAUAGAAUUAAAGAACAGAUUAAUGAUUGCCAGGGACAGAGACUGGAGAAGAUGUGGGAUAUGUAUGACUAAAGGGAAGACACAAGGAGUUCCUUUGUGUUGAUGGGACAAUUCUGUAUCUUAAUUGUGGUGUUAAGUAUAUGAAUCUAUACCUAUGCUAAAAUUGUGUAGACCAAGAUAUAAAAAAAUGAAUGCAUGUAAAAUUUUGUGAAACUGAAUAAAGCCUAGUUAUACCAUUGUCAAAACCUUGGUUAUGAA